GCCAAUAUAGAAGUAGACAUCGGUUCCAGAAGAGAUUUUGUAUUGUUUAAUUAGGAAAGACGAAGUGCUCAGUGGUCAAACUGGACAUAAUGGAAUAGACACCAAUCACUAUCUUACUGUGCAGGAGUAUUCAGAGUUCAUGAAGGAAAUCAAUAGCAGCUACCCUAAUGCAGAAGUGGUGAUUUAUGGUAAAUCUUAUGAAGGCAGGGACCUCAUGGCUGUCAAGUUUUACCGAAAUUCCUGUAAUCCAACAAUCUUUGUCGAAGCUGGAAUUCAUGCAAGAGAAUGGAUAACUUUAGCAGUAACCCUGAAGAUCAUUAAGAAUAUUGCCAAAAACAGCAGCCAAGAUGAAGAAAUGUCAAAACUACUAGACUUAUACAACUGGGUGUUUGUCCCACUGGUCAACCCCGAUGGAUAUGACUUUACACAUCACAAGUACCGAUUUUGGAGGAAGAGUAGACGCAUUGUUACAAAAAAUUGCACUGGCGUAGACCUCAACAGGAACUUCGACAUAAAGUGGGGAACUGCUGAUGCAAGUGACGAUCCAUGCUCAGAAGUUUACUGUGGGACGGCACCGUUUUCUGAGCCAGAGACUCAAUCCUUGAAAACACUCAUACAAGAUUCAGGGCCUUUAAUAAGUUACAUUUCCCUGCAUUCUUAUGCACAGCUGAUUAUUUGCCCUUAUUCAUACACGAAAAAAAAGCCAGAAGAUUAUGCAGAACUGGUCAAACUUGCUGAGAAUGUGACAAGCGCCAUAUAUAACGCAACCAGGGCGCAGUACACAGUGGGAGAAGGGGCCCGUGCAUUGUACGCAGCCAGCGGGUGUUCGACGGAUUGGGCCAAGAAAGAACUCGGGGUUAAAUACUCGUAUGCCAUUGAAAUGCGGCCCACCGAUAAAGACAGCAGGGGUUUCAUACUUCCGGCCAGUGAGAUAGAGCCAACAUUCAGAGACAUCUUCAUAGCUUUAAAGACAUUCGCAAAUGGCUUUGAGAGAAACCUUUCUUAUUUAAGGAACGGUUACAAGAACUGCACCGACACAAAACAAGCAUAGGAGGAAAGGGAAAGUGGAUUGUCUUAAAAGACAGGAGGCUCAUGGCAACAGCGGGAACUAGAUACAUAAUAUAUGCAUGUAGUAUAAAGACAGUAUCCUAUAU